CUUCUCGCCACCGACCGUACAGCUGCAGCACAGUACUCCUACUCCUACUCCUACUCUGACUGACAUCCUUCACGUUCGAGAAAGCACCACACGCCUAUGUCGUGUCCGAGGUCAACACAGCAACACAACACAGCACAGCCACUGUCAACUAGUCCCGUCUCUAUGCCAUGGACGCCGAGUGGGGGAGCAACUGUAUUGACACCAACGAUGUAGCUUUUGGCAAGCCGAGUCCCUGCACAGCGGAGGACUUCUCUUCUUUCGAACGCGAAUGGCUCUUCUGGCUCUCAGUCGCGACAGCCGCCUCCUUUGUGGCACUUGCUGUCCCGCGGCUAGCUGUUCUGAUAUUCCGCCGCGGUCAUGUCAUAAUCCGGGCGCCACUUCUGAUAUUGUCUGCCAGGUUGAUAACAAGCCUUACGUUUGCUUGUCUCCGCCUUGGCCUUCUUAUUCUCGCUCUCCGAAGCAAGCGUCAAUCUCAAAACGGUCGACUUGUGGUCUCUUCAGCCUUGGAUCUCGCCGCGGCAUGUCUGCUUGUCCUUCUCUCCCCUUUCGAGCACUUCAAAUCCAUUCGUCCUUCUGUUCUCGCUUGUGUCUUCUUGUUACUCGCAUUCAUUUAUGAUCUCACUCGUUGCCCAUUGCUUUGGCCAGCCUCUCGCCAUGUUGAUCAAAACUCGUUCAUCUUUGCUGUUUUGUUUACGGCAAUAGUCCCGGUAGAAUUUUUGUUCCUCAUCCUAGAAAGCAUACGUCGGCGUACGUGGGUCGUGUGGGAUGCCGUUGAUCACAGCCCUGAGGAGACAGGAAGUGUCGUGAGUCUUGCACUGUAUGCAUGGCUUAACCCACUUCUGUGGCGUGGCUACCGUAAGCCUUUGACCAUGAGUCUUCUGUAUCCACUAGACCCCGCUCUUUCUGUUCGCACGCUCGAUCGAAGACCAUCUAAUUGCUCAGAAGAAACAUCCGGAACUUCAGCAUGGCAACUUGGAAUUUGGCUUGCAAGGUCGCUGGGAGGGUCACUGGUGCUAGCGGUCUUUCCACGACUGUGUCUUCUCGCCUUUACCUUCUGUCAACCAUUCUUUAUACAGCGCCUGUUGAGGUUUCUUUCAUCUCCCGAUGAUGACUUUGCUACUGCUACCGGACUCGUAUCUGUCGCUAUUUUCAUUUACUUAGGCAUCGCCAUUUCAACUGCGUUGUAUUGGUACUACCAAGAACGAUUCCAGACUAUCCUACGUGCUUUUCUCAUUUCCGCCAUCUAUGGCAAGACAGCCAACAUGACUCAUGACGGUGAUGGAAAUCCUGCUGCCGUGACACUCAUGGGUGCUGAUGUCGAGCGUGUGUAUACAGGUCUACGAAUGAUGCACGAGGUGUGGGCAAACGCUAUCCAAAUUCCGGUUGGCUUAUGGCUCUUACAACGACAACUUGGGCUUGCCUUUCUCGCACCAUUGGUCCUCGUUUUGUUUGGGUUUUCAAUAUCGUUUAUUAUUGCUCGGUAUGCAGUCCGCUAUCAGACUGCUUGGAUGGAAAGUGUGCAAGGACGUACAGGCCUUACCUCAGCAGUGCUUGGGCAUAUUAAAGACCUUCGCGUCUCUGGAUUAACCAAUCUUGCAUCAAAACUUGUAAAGAAAUCCCGCGAGGACGAAAUAAAAGUAGGCGGGCGGUCACGUACCAUUAUUGGUAUCAGCGCAAGCUUCAGUCAGCUUCCACAAGCAUUAGCGCCCGCUCUGGCGUUUGCUUUUGGUCCACACUCGAUAAACCAGACGCAGGCAUUUACAUCUCUUUCACUCCUAGCAUUGCUUACAUCGCCACUCCUAAUGGUCCUGCAGAUUCUGCCCAUUAUCUCUGCAUCCUUUGCGUGUCUGAGAAGAAUCAAAGUCUUCCUCGACAAACAAGACCGUGUUGACAUGAGACAGAUACGGUUAACAGAGAAAGUUUACGACAAGACUGAAAAUUCUGAAAAAGAAACCGGGGCAAUGGUUACUAUCGAUGGUGGGAGCUUUGGAUGGACAGAUGGCAAUAUGGUGCAAAAUAAUAUCAACCUUCAAUUCCCCAAAUCCUCUAUUAACUUUGUAGUUGGGCCCGUGGCCUCUGGAAAGUCAACACUCUGCCGAGCACUUUUAGGCGAGGUGCCUCACAGCCGGGGCAGCGUGACCUUGAAGUCAAACAAGUUGGCUUACUCCGAUCAGAAGUUGUUCUUGUUUAACGCCUCCAUAAUUGAAAAUAUCGUCGGCUUUUCGUCUUUCGAUAUGGUUCGCUAUGCCGAUGUCCUUCGGGCAACAAUGUUGAUUCAGGACCUUGAUGCUCUUCCAUUGGGCGACAAAACAAUAAUCGGGACCAAAGGUAUCAUGUUAAGUGGUGGGCAACGACAGCGCGUUUCGUUGGCACGCGCUCUCUAUCACCAUGCUGAUAUUCUUAUCCUGGAUGAUGUGCUCAGCGGCCUCGACGGCUCAACACAGGACCAUGUUUGCCGGUCCCUUUUUGGACCGGCCGGCCUUCUGCGAGAACGCGGGACAACCACGGUUGUUUGCACACACGCAAUUAGAUUUUCAUCCUUCGCCGAUCAAAUCAUUGCGUUGGCCACGGAUGGCACAAUUGUCGAAAAGGGUGCCUUUUCAGAGAUUGUUCAGGAUAAGGAUCGUGCCGGCCGCGUUGGUAUCACUGAUUUCUCCACCCUGGCUCGACCGAUCGAUCAAAAUAUCGGACCUGACACAAUUUCAUUCGAGAUCCAAGAGUCAGCGUCAGCAGCAGAGACUCGUCCUGGGAACCAAACGCCAAUACACUUGAUCCAGCCUGCAUCCGCACCUGGUAUACUUAUUGACAAGGACGUGUGGCGUCAUUGGCUCUCCACAAUUGGCGUUUUACCACUGGCGGUGUACUCUGUUCUCAUUGUUGGAAAUGGUUUCUUCUCCAAUUUUCCUACCAUCUGGCUCAAGAUGUGGUCUGCGGAUUCAACUUCGUCGAUCCCUGAACAUUCCUUUGCUUACUGGAUCGGUCUUUACGCACUACUCGGGGCAUCGGCAGUUUUUUGUGUUCUCCCAGCCGGGCUUAUUAUGCUACGUACUGGAGUACGGCUUUCAGGGACCAAGCUCCAUCAUAUCACUAUCGACACCGCGAUGCACAGCAGCUUGCGCUUUCUCGGAAGUAAUGAAGUAGGCAAGAUAUUGAAUUUAUUCAGCCAGGAUAUGAAUAUUCUCGACACUCAGCUGCCUCGUAUGGUAAGUAACAUGUGCUUUACAUUGUCCAACGCUAUUGGUCAAUCCAUUGUCAUCGCAUUGUCUUCAGGAUGGUUAGCCGUAAGCUACCCGAUAUUUGUUGCAUUACUCUGGGGAGUGCAACGCAUCUAUUUACCGAGUUCGAAGAGGCUUCGUAUUCUCGAUCUGGAAUCAAAGACGCCUUUAUACACAAAUUUUCUGGACACGCUCGCUGGGCUGCCUACAAUUCGAGCUUUUGGUUGGUUUCCACAGCAGAUUGCUCGCAAUAAUGCCCUUCUCGACAAUUCACAGCGCCCGUCAUAUCUACUUGCCAUGGCACAACAGUGGUUAAUGCUUGCUAUGAACUUGAUAGUCUCUAUUGUGGCUGUUAUCCUCGUUGCCUUAGCUACUCAGCUACGCCUUAACGCAGGCAGUGUUGGUGCUGGCUUGGUUACUUUAAUUACGCUCAGCUCCACACUAACAACUGCUGUCAUUGCUUAUACUGGUUUGGAGACUUCGCUUGGGGCUAUCAGUAGACUUAAAAGCUUUGAGGAAGACACGGAACUCGAAGAUCGCAAGAACGAUGAUGUUAAACCCGAUAAGUCGUGGCCAAUGACGGGUUUAAUUGAGAUUGAAAACGUUGAUGCGAGUUAUACGGGUACGGAUAAGGUAUUGAAGGGGCUGACUCUUUCGCUUCAAGCCGGAGCCAAGGUUGCGAUAUGUGGAAGAACCGGAAGGUAUUCCAUCUCUGCAAUACGUUUACAUCCCUUUCCCAACUGAAAAAUUCAUCUAGUGGUAAAUCCUCCAUCAUCGCACUCCUACUUCGACUCAUCGAACCAAUGUCAUCACUCGACACAAGAUCCCUAAUCACUAUCGACGGCAUCCCUCUCAACACGAUCAACCAUACCGUUCUCCGCGAGCGUAUAAUAUCCGCAUCCCAAGACGCCGUUUUCCUCCCCGAGGGCAGCUCUUUCCGAGCUAAUGUCGACCCAUGGAAUGCAGCUUCUGAUGUGGAGGUUAAUUCCGUCCUCCAUGAUCUUCAUCUUUCCCACGUCGUCGAAGGGAAAGGUGGAUUGAACUCUUUAGCUAAUGGAGCUGAGCUCAGCGCCGGGCAAAAACAACUCUUCACUCUUGCGCGGGCGGUACUUAGGAAGGAAGUCAAGCUGCGAGAGACGGGUGUUAGUGGUGGCCUGCUGCUUUUAGAUGAGAUUACCGCGAGUGUAGAUGCGGAGACAGAGCAGAGCAUGAAAAGGUUGUUAGAGGUUGGCUUCAAGGAUUGCACAGUGGUUAUGGUUACGCACCGGAAGGAAAUGGCAAUGAGUUGUGAUAGGGUGAUUAUGAUGGAUGCGGGGACGAUAGUAGAGGAUGGAACGCCUGAGAAGCUGUUGAUGAAGGAGGGUGGGUGGUUCAGGGGGCUCUGGGAGAACGAUGGUAUUUCUGGAUAAUAUCUUCAUUGGAGGAUGUGAAGGUGGCAGAGGUGCAGGCUUGUAAAGAAUUUCUUGAUAAUGUAUGUCUUCAAUGAGAAGAUAUUUCAACAAUUUUCUCCUUCAUGUUGAAGUCACC